UGACGCGCUGACGUAGAGACACAACCAACAUGGCGACGCCUAUGCAUCGAUUAAUUGCUCGCAGACAAGCGGAGGCCAAUAAGCAGCAUGUCCGCUGUCAGAAGUGUCUGGAACACGGCCACUGGUCCUAUGAGUGCACUGGGAAAAGGAAAUACCUGUACAGACCUUCCAGAAGCGUCGAGCUGAAAAAGAAACUGAAAGAGGAGGCAGAAAAGGCAGCCAAUGCUCCCGGAGAUGGACCAGUGGCUCUGAGUGAAAAGAAAAUGAAGAAAAAAAGGUCUAAAUCGUCCAGCGGUUCCAGCAGCAGCAGUGACUCGGACAGCUCCUCCAGCGACUCGUCGUCAGACAGCGGCGACUCGUCCAGCUCGUUGUCUUCCUCAGAGGAUGACGAGAGCAGCAGCAGUGACAGUGAGGACACUUCCAGCUCUUCCUCCUCGUCCUCAUCGUCCUCUUCCUCCAGCUCUGACUCGGACUCCUCCAGUAGCAGCAGUUCUGAUCAGGGCCCUCCGAGGAAGAGGAAAAAGAAGAAAUAAAGAGCGGCGCUGUCUGUAUUUCCAGUGUUUAGUUGUUUUGUGGUACUCUGAUUGUCCUGGGAGAAAACGAUCCCUGUUCAAAUCCCUCACCUUUCCUUCACUGCUUUAAUUUGGGAAGCAGCAGCUCUGAACAGAAAGGAGAUGAACACUGGAUCAUUUCUCCUGCAGGGAAGAAAACGAAUCGUUCAGAGCUCCGAUUAUUUUUUCUGUUGUGUUAUUUGUUACCGUCAGAGGAAGUGUUCCUUUUUCUUUACCUUUUUGUUUACUCAUCAUCUUUCUUCCUUUCAUUCAUUGUUAGUGGAAUUUCUGUUUAUGGAGUAAAGAUAAAAUUUAUUUUCUGUUUUCUGGAAACAAAGAUGCAGGUUGUUUUAUUUUUGUCACAUGGAAUGAAAUGAAUAUCAGACCUGUGGUUGACCUGUCAGUUGCUCUAUGCAACAUGACGUUAGAAGUGUGUGUGUGUGAGAGAGAGAGAGCGCGCCCCCGGAUCAGACCAUCUGAAAUAAACUGUAUGAGGUUUUUUUUGUUUUGUUUUUACACAUGUACUCUUUGAGCAGACACAGACGGAUCCUUUUAACAGAAUAAACUGAUUGUUUGAUUGAUUUAAGAAUCUUAAUGAAA